AUGUCCUCUCCUCUGUCGGUUGGAGAUGAAGACAUCUUCGAGCGCUUGCAACAGCGCAAGGACCCGAAGGUCCUUGAAGAACAGCAACAAGCUGUGAAUGAGCGGAUGCAGGCAAUUCUUGGCAAGGCCCAGGAUCGUCUCUCUGAAUUGCUCGACCAAAACUCCACCCUGCCAACCAACAUCGGUUCAGUUCAGUUCCUCAGUGCCCCGAACACUCGCCGAAGCUUCCUCGAAAAGAUCGUCAGCCCGCUUCUUGAGAACCGCGAUCAACCUUUAACCCUAUCCGAGGCUUUGCGGGAAAUUUCGGCUACGGCAGACAAGCUUGGACGGUUUGACCUGUUCCAACAACCUAUCUCUGUUAAUUUGGAUGAGUCGAAAAACCCUGUCACCGGCCUGCGCACUAUUGAUGUUUACCUCGCUACCCGAGAGAAGUCCCGCAUACUUCUGAAGACCGGCACCGACCUUGGAAAUGCGGAAGGUUCAGCUUACGGUAACCUCCUGUGGCGCAAUGUAUUCGGAGGCGCCGAGACCCUCAACUUGAAUGCCUCUUUGGGUACACGUACACGAUCUGCCUACCAAGCUGCUUUUGAGACUCCGUUAUUCUGUGACCCGGAUUUCCGUUUGGAAGUUGGCGGUAUUUCAAGCGCUACCCAGAAGCAAUGGGCUAGCCACGAUGAGGUGGUUAAGGGUGGAUGGAGCAAGCUUCGAUGGCUGUCUCAAUCUGGCAAUCGCCACGAAUUGGGCUACAAUGGAUUCUGGAGACAGGUUACUGGCCUUUCGGAAGCUGCCUCUCCUACCAUCCGAGCUGAUGCCGGAGAUAGUGUGAAGAGUAGUGUCUUCCACAGCUGGGUGAGUGAUAAGCGGGAUCACCCUAUGCUCCCUUCGCGCGGAUACUACGCGAAGGUUUUCAACGAGGUUGCCGGAUGGGGCCCGUUGAAGGGAGACGUAUCUUUCUGGAAGUCCGAGGUCGAGACUCAAGGCGCCAUCCCUAUCCCCAUUCCUUUCAUCAAGGGUGACAGCGGUAUUAGCCUGACCACCAGCUUCCGUGCAGGUCUUCUUUGUCCCUUGGGCCUGGACUCAAAUUCUCGUCCGCAGCUUUCUCGUGUAAACGAUCGCUUCUUCCUUGGUGGACCCACUGACGUUCGUGGAUUCCGUCUUUGCGGCCUUGGUCCCCGUGAAGGUGGUGAUUCUCUAGGUGGAGAUGUCUACGCUGCGGGAAGUGCAAAUCUUCUCUUUCCUCUCCCAAGAGUUGGAGCUGAUAGGCCCAUUCGCCUCCAGGCGUUCUUGAAUGGCGGCCGGUUGAUGCCGCUACGCACAUCACAGAAUAACACUCCUACUACCGGUGGCGAGGUGCAAGACGCAGUGGUUUCAACUAUCUCUGAUCUUCAAAAUGGUCUCCCCAGUAUCUCAGCUGGUGUCGGUCUCGUCUACGCUCACCCGGCGGCGCGAUUUGAGCUGAACUUCGCUCUCCCCUUGGUCCUUCGUAAAGGCGAAGAGGGCCGUAAGGGCCUACAGCUGGGCAUUGGUAUCAGCUUCCUGUAG